CUUAGCUCAUUUUAGCAUAACGUUGCUAAUCUGCUGCAGUAGACGUUGAAAACAUACAUUUUUAGUGCAGAACAGCUCCGUUAAAAUACCCCCUCCCCCGGAAAUAGAGGGAAACGGUUUCCUUUAACUCGAGCGGCUGAUUCGCGUUGAUUUGCGUGUCGUUUCAGUGCCUGAUAACAGUCCAAAACACAACAAAUGUGGUGCCGAACAGCCGCUGGCGUCAGUUGGGCCUAGCAAUGGUUCUGUCGCGGUAAGGAACCGACCGCUCUCAAAGAGCUCGAUAGAGUUUUAGGUACAACAGUGAAAGCUGCGUUGACAUGUAGAGCUGCAGACGUUGCUUCCCGUAGGUCCAAUGGGGAAAAGGAAAGACAUGAUUCACCCCAGGUUUCUUGGCGAAGGCAGCAGCUCCGGCCUGCACAGCAUCCACAAGCGGAAGCACAAAAAGCACAAGAAGCACAAGAAGAAGCACCACAGCUUUGUCGAGGCCCCGGACCCCCAGCCCGUCCCCAUCCCGGUCCCCGUCCCUCGGCCACCGUCUCAGUUCAGACUGAAGAUCAAACUGGGGGGCCAGACUCUGGGCACCAAGAGUGUUCCCACCUUCACCGUCCAUCCUGGCGUGGCUCGUCCCCCCUCACCGUUGAUGAUCCUCGAUAACGACGAAGACGAUGACGACGAUGAGCCCUCCGUACCUUUGGAGCAGUAUAGGGCUUGGUUGGAUGAAGACAGUAACAUGGCUGCGUCCCCUCUGCCAGACAUGGACUCCGACUCCAUGCUGGGCAGGCCCGUGGACGAGGAGGAGCGGUGGCUGGAUGCUCUGGAGAAAGGCGAGCUCGACGACAACGGAGAGCUGAAGAAAGAGGUCGACGAGUCCCUGCUCACCGCCAGGCAGAAAGCCCUCCUGCACAAGCAGCAGAGCCAGCCUCUGCUGGAGCUGCCCAUGGGUUACAAGGAGAAGGAGAUGACGGCCGAGAUGAUGCAGAAACGGGAGGAGAGAGCCCGGAAGAGGCGUCUGCAGGCGGCCAAGAAGGCCGAGGAGAACAAGAACCAGACGAUCGAGAGACUGACAAAAACCAGCAAGGCCAAGAUCAAAAGCCUCAAAGAGAGGAAGUCCAAGCAGAACCAGUGUCCCAUGGUCCGCUACAGCGACUCGGCACAGGGAAUCGCCAUCUCCUUCCCCGCGGGCGUUCCCACGCCGGUGCCGGCUCCUCCCCCGCCUCCGCCGCUGGUUCCGGUGAACUGUGGUGUGACUGGGUGCACCAACUUCAAAAAGUACUCUUGUUCCAAGACCGGGGUUCCUCUCUGCAGCCUGGAGUGUUACAGGAAGAACCUGCGGCUGGCGCAGAGCGCGGCUUGAACCAUUAUGUUUGUUCUUCACAUCGGACACCCUGAUGUGAAUGCUAUAUUUUUGAACUUGAUGUCUUUUUGAGAAAUGAAUUCACUUUCAGUGCGGCGUGACUUCUCAAAAUGGUCUUUUUGUCUCUGUUACUGCAUUUGUUUUUGUUUUUUUAAACCAUCGUACUUCAGUGCUGCAAAUAUUUGUACCAAAAUGUAACCAAAUAUUUAUGAUUUCUAUCAUCAUGACUACAAAGAGGAGGGUUUUUUUUCCAGGUUCUGCCAAAUGUAGACGACAUUUUGGUUAUUGUUAAACAUAUUUUACAUUCUGAAUUAUGUUUCAAAACUCAACGGAAUC